AUGCCUCGCCAAUUCUUCGUCGGUGGUAACUUCAAGAUGAACGGUGUUCAGGAGAGCAUCACCAACAUCGUGAACAACCUCAACUCCGCCAAGCUCGACUCCAACACCGAGGUCGUCAUCUCCCCCCCCGCCGUUUACCUCGCCCUCACCCGCAGCUUGGCCGACCCCAAGAUUGGCGUUGCCGCCCAGAACGUCUAUGACAAGCCCAAUGGCGCUUUCACCGGUGAAAUCAGCGUUGAGCAUCUCCGUGACACCAAGGUUGACUGGGCUGUCAUCGGCCACAGCGAGCGCCGUGUUAUCCUGAAGGAGUGCGAUGAUUUCAUUGCCCGCAAGGUCAAGGCCGCCAUCGAGGGUGGCCUUUCGGUCAUCUUCUGCGUUGGUGAGACUCUGGAGGAGCGUGAGGCCAACAAGACCAUCGAGGUCGUCACCCGCCAGCUCAACGCUGCCGCUAAGGAGCUGAGCAAGGAGCAGUGGGCCAAGGUUGUUAUUGCCUACGAGCCCGUCUGGGCUAUCGGUACCGGCAAGGUCGCCACCACUGAGCAGGCCCAGGAGGUCCACGCCGCUAUCCGCAAGUGGCUCGGCGAGGCCAUCUCCCCUCAGGCCAAGGAAGACGUCCGUAUCAUCUACGGUGGCUCCGUCAGCGAGAAGAACUGCCGCGAGCUCGCCAAGCAGCCCGAUGUUGACGGCUUCCUUGUUGGCGGUGCCAGCUUGAAGCCUGCCUUCGUCGACAUCAUCAACGCACGCAUCUAA